AUGCCACCUAGACCCCGUGUUCUAAACGCCUGCCAACCACAGGUGGAGGACUACAGAUCCCAGGAUGCUGUGCGCUGCCGGCGCUGAUCGCAGAACGUGGGGCCCUAGGCCUAUGCGGAAGUGGAUUGGUCCCUCAAGCAGUGGAGAAAGAGCCGAGGCGCGGUGCAGUUUUUUCGUGGGGGUGUCAGCUCUGGCCGUGCCGGAAGAAGGAGCUAAGACCGGGAUCGCUCUUCUGCUCCUUCCUCACCUACAACCCGGUCACGAAGAGGUGGAAACAGAAGGACACUUACAAUGGGGUGGAAGUUCCAAAUCUCAGAAUGAUGUUCAAGGAAGUGGGAUAUACCAAGAACACAGACCACACAUCCAGUAUAAGCGAUGGACAACAAGCAGACUGGCUGACGUAGAGGAUUUACAUAUGGAAGGGGAGAGCCCGCGUGUGGUGUAGCGGGCUGGUUCCCCUACAUCUUUGGUGCCCAACGUGGGCUUCUUGUACCCAGGUGAAGUUACGCCUGAGCGUAGUCAUUGUGGAGACCAGUCUGUGGAGGGACUCCCGGGAACGUGUGGUCGGCCUUGCGGAGACAAUCAAACACCCACUUAGAUACCCAAUAGACGUUUGAAAUUCAACAAUGAACCCUACACCGACCGGACAGAAGAAAGGGAAGAAUCGAAAGAGGAGGAAGACUGGUCCCUCCGACCUGUCCUUUCCGGAGCUGAGAAAGAUGGCAAAGCUGAGGGUCUCAGAGAAACAACAGAAGACGGAGAAGACUCGCCAGGCUACACCACCGACAUGAGGACAGAUAAAGAAGCUGACUCAAAUGGCAGAGGACAGCCUAAAGGAGAAACAACUGGCAAUUACCCCGGGCCAGUUACUUGGAUGCAUUCCCCUACUGAAGUUUAUGCAAAUGAUAGUAUUUGGAUGCCUGGGCUGGCUGAUGAUCGCUGUCCUGCACAGCCUGAGGAGGAGGGCGUGUUGAUGAAUGUAACAGUGAGGUAUGAAUACGCUCCAAUUUGUUUAGGAAUUGCUCCUGGAUGUUUACCAUCGCAAAUACAAAGGUGGAUGAUUUAUGUACCUCCUCAUAAUCGUUCCCAACCUAGUUAUCACGUAGUGAGUGGAAUGUCUUUCCGACCUAUCAUGACUGUAAAAACUUAUGGGGGUGGUUAUUUUCGGUCAAAUUUAAAAGUCAAAAAUUACAAACCUAACGGACUGGCUGGUCCUAAAAGAAAUCCAAAAUGGUCAGAAAAACUAGAGAUUCUUACUUGGGAGGGUUGUGUAGCAGAUGGUGCAGUAGCUUUGCAAAAUGAUUCUUAUGGAACAAUUAUAGAUUGGGCCCCCAAAGGAUCCUUGGCUAGAAAUUGCACCGGACAAAAUGCUGGGUGUGCUGAGGAUUCCUUCGUUAUAGAUCAUAGAGAAAGUCCCAAUAAUCCCCCCACUUUAGUUAGAAGAUUGCAAUGAGUAGAUCCAUUGAAAUGGGAAGAUAAAGGUAAUGCUCCUCCCCGGGCAAAGAUAAUUAGUCCAGUCAUGGGUCCAGAAUAUCCAGAUUUGUGGAAGUUGCUUAUGGCGAAUGAGAGUAUGGAAAGGGGAAGCAUUAUGUGGAACAAGAGGUAAUAAGCUACUGUUUACCAUGCUUCUUCAGUCUAAUCAGUCUAUUCCUCUUCAAAGUUGUGUUAAACCUCCUUACACGUUAGUUGUUGGAAAACUCAUAUUUUGCUGGACUCUCAAAACAUUACUUGUGACAACUGCCAUCUGUUUACUUGUAUUGAUUCUUCUUUUGAUAUGAGGAAUAGCAUUUUGCUGGUCCGAGCUCGAGGGGGCGUUUGGAUUCCAGUUACUCUUAACAGGCCUUGGGAGGCUUCUCCCUCUAUUCAUGUAAUAACUGGAGUUUUAAAAGGGAUUCUUCAUCGUACAAUAAGAUUUAUUUUUACUUUAAUUACUUAGUUGGACUCUGAUGAUUAUCUGUAAGUUAAACAUAGAGUAUUAGCUUACAUAGUGGAAUAGUAAAUAAUAUUAACUUGCUGAUGACGCACACUACCCCCCUGCCACCUCUCCCCAUGGUCAUCCUAUGAUCAGCCCACCAUCUGCCCCCUCAGCCGAUAGGAUCAGAGGAAUUGUACUCAGUAAACAUCAGUGGAAUCCGGAGCUCAGGACCUUCGCAGUUUCUGCGUUGCAAUGGACCCCUAGACCCACUUUUAUUAACUCUUGAACUUUGUGUCUUUGUCUUUAUUUCUUUUCUCAUUCCCUCGUCUCCACCAGGAAGGGGAGAACCCAUGUGUGGUGUAGCGGGCUGGUUCCCCUACAAGGUCGACCAAACGUUUCCUGUAAAAGACCAGAUAUUAAAUAUUUUCAGCAUCGUAUGCUAUACAGUCUGUUGCAACUUCUCAACUCUGCGGUUAUAGAACGGAAGCAGCUACGGACAGUAUAUAAACAAAUGAGCAUGCCUAUAUUCCAAUUAAACUAUUUGUAGACACUGAA